UCGUUACUGCGAGGACGUUUCUGUCUUCAUUACGUCACUUCCAUUACCCCGGUAUAAGUGCUAGCUAGCUCGAGACGCUAGCCGGAAAGCGUUUGGAAUUUGGUGAUAAGAAACAGAAGUGUACGACAGAUAAGUGAUACGACCAGAGUCGCCAUUAAGGAACACCAUGGAGGAACAAAGUGCAGACAUAGAAGUGACCGUCAAAACAUUAGACUCUCAGAGCAGAACCUACACUGUUGGUGCUCAGCUAACUGUGAAAGAGUUUAAAGAGCACAUUGCGUCUUCUGUGGGGAUUCCCAUUGACAAACAGAGGCUCAUCUACCAAGGUCGAGUCUUGCAGGAGGAAAGGACCUUGGCAGACUACAAUGUGGCUGGCAAGGUGAUUCACUUGGUGGAGCGCGCUCCCCCUCCACCUUCCCAACCUGGCUCGGGGUCUGGCGGCGGUUCAGCCGAGAGCGGUGUCGGCGGCUCAUCAUCGUCGCAGGAUGGGCCUCAGGCUCCUCCUCCACAUGACCGCAACGCCAACAGUUACGUCAUGCUGGGAACCUUCAACCUCCCCGUCAACAUCAUGGACCCUCAACAAAUACAAAUGUCAGUUCAGCAGAUGGUGUCCGGCAUGGGGGACAAUGCGAGGAACGCCAGAGUGACAACUAGCACUGGGAACAACGGCUCGGUGAAUGUGCACAUUGACAUGGAUCAGCCGGUGCAGAGCGAACCUCGGCUGAGGUUGGUGCUCGCUGAGAACAUGCUGAGGGACAUCAAUGACCUCAUCGAAAGAAUGGAGGGCCGGACAGCUGACCCGUCCGCCCAUACCCAAAGAGAGACUCCGUCCUCUGCUGCCCCGCCUCCUCCCUCGUCUUCGUUCCCCACCUCCACCCCGACUCCUUCUGCUCAGCCAAUGGACUUCCUCCCUCCACCGGUGACACAGCCACCCUCCGCCUCCUCUGUGCCGUCUGAGGGGCCGACGCCUCAACCUGGACCGCAACACCCCAGCCCAGCCGAGCUGGCCGAGAUGUUGUCGGAACUGCGGCGGGUGGAGGAGAGGCUGCAGCCCUUCAUCCAGAGGGCUCACACCAUCUUGGAGACGGCCACCUCUGCAGAAUACAACAACAACACAGAAAGAGAGGACGACCAGCAGACGCUGGUCCUCACAUGGGAGUGUCUGCGUCUCUUGGGCAAUGCCCUGGUGGCCCUGAGUGACCUGCGGCUGAAUCUCCUCAGCCCCGUGCCACGCCACCUUCACGUGGUGCGACCCAUCUCCCAUUACACGGUUCCUGUUACGAUGCCCGGCACCGUGCACCACCACAUUCCCGUGCAAAUGAACCUGGGCGCCACCAUGGCCGCCGCAGCCAACGCCACCGAGGGACAAGCUCCUACCGCCCCGCCGGCCGGCCAGUCGGAGCAGGCAGGUCAGGGACAGACCUCUACCCCACAGACUUCCCCGUCCAAUCAGCAGGCCGGACAGGGACAGGGCCAGCCUGGCCCCCGCGUCAUCAGGAUCAGCCACCAGGCAGGCCCGGUGGUCAUGAUGCAGAUGAACACGGACGGCACCGGGCCAAACCAGACUGCUGGUCAUCAGAUGCCAGGACAGCCAGCUGGUCUUCCUCCAGACUUCAUGCGUAAUCUCAUGCAACAGAUUACACAGUACGCCACGGCGGUGGCGACCAGCGCCGCCACCGCCGCCGCCACUGGCCAGCCAGUACCGCCGCAGCCCACCCCUCCCGGCUACAGCUCGACGGCCAACUCCUCUGCCACAACCACGGGUCCCAACACCCCGACUACUACGCCCACUGCGCCGCCGCCUCCCCCUCACGCCGGCCCCCAACCCCAGGCUCGAGUGGUCUUCACCCGACCCUCCUUUGCUCCCAAUAUCCCUCUGCCGGCGUUCGGCACCCGAGGGACUACCAUAAAUGUUAGGGCGGCUAUGCCGGGCCAGCAGCCAGGGCCGGUUUACAACGCUGCCGCUGCCAACCAGAUGAUCAGUGCAAUGAUUGAUCAAAUUCUGAUGCCGGGACAAAUGGGCAAGUUUAUGCAUUGCUUUCAUUUAUGGAAACAUCAAAUGAUUGUUUUAUUUAUUUUUUUACAAACCUGGAACAGUUCUCUGACAUCUCUUGAAGAAUUACAGCACACUUUUGGUUUUGUCAAAAUGAACCCGGUGCUGGUUUUGCUAAAAGUACUAAAACACCAAAGAGGGGCCGAACCGCACACACCAGAAGUGUUUCUUCCCUUUAAUGGCAGACAUCUCUGUUUUCUUAUUUUCACAGCGAGUCAAAUGGCUCCCACCUCCUCUUCCACCACGUCAACAUCCUCCUCCCAAACGUCCUCCACCUCGUCCGUCUCCAACGGCGACGGCAACACCGCCAGCCCGCCAAAUCAGUCAGAGGGCAACGGUGGCGAUCAGGCCCAGCAGCCGCCUGAGAUGCAACCGGACCUCGGUCAAAUGCUCGGCUCGCUUUUCGGCGCAACCGGUCAGGUGGGGUCACCCUCCAUCACGGUCACCACCUCCAGCAUUCCCCACGUCAUGAGGGGGGUGGCCGACUUGAUGCAGCAGCCCAUCUUCUCCCAGCCACCGCCACCUCCUCCACCCCCGACCAGCGGCAACGGCGCCGCCAACACAGGCUCCAAUCCAACGGCCAACUCAGCUGCGGCGCCUGACCCCCUCAACCCGGAACCGUUUAUCGGCAUCGUCCGCGGUGUCCUGACCAGCAUGAUGGGCUCACUCGGCCAGGGGCAGAAUGACACGGAGAGCAUCGCUCAAUUCAUGCAGAGGCUCUCGCAGAGCACCAACAUCUUCAUCAGCCCAGAGGAACCAUCUGGCUUCUUCGGCGAGCUGCUGAUGUUGGUUUGCCAGACGUUCACCAUGGCGGACCUGGUCAUGCUGCUGCAUGGCCAUCACCAGCCGCUGGGCCGCAUCCAAACCCAGCUGGCUCAGUUCUUCCGCCAGAACUUCCUCAACAACCAAGAGCCCACGGAUGCAAACAUCGCCGCCGCUGCUGACGCCAUUGUGCAAGAACUGGAGGAAGACAUUACUGAGAGCUUUAGGGAAUCCUCAGUCACCGUGUUGGAAGGCGUCGACGUCACCCAGACCAACAUGUCCUUCUUUAGACAGCAGCUGACACACGUCGCCACACACAUUCUUCGCUGCACCGAUGAUUCUUUCGGGCUUCGUCUGCUUCAGCUGUGCAACCAGGCUCUGUUUGAGUGCCUUGCACUCAACCUGCACUGCCUGAGAGGAGACCAACGCGCUCUGACCGCCGUCAUCAACCACCGCAUUCGGAGAAUGUCAAGCGACGUCAGCCCGAGCCUGCUCAACUGGAUGACCAGCAUGAUGACCAUGAGGCUGCAGUACGUUCUGGAGCACCUUCCCGUCACCACGGAGCAGAUCCAGAAUUACAUCGUUUACACACAGGGAAAUGCUUCGAGGGAUCAGUCCGCCGCGACCGACACGCAGGAACCAGAACAGACGCAAAGUGCAACGAUGAGUGAGACCCUCUCACCGGCCGCCGCCACCACAGCAGAGGAGGCCAUGUUAGGUUCGUCGUCACGGGAGACUAGAGCGCCGCCCGCCGAUCUGGGCACCACGGGCGGGGCUGCGCCGCUGGGCGGCGACAAGGCAGCGGCGGGGGCCGACGGUACCAGCGAGGUCUCUGCCGGAGAGUCGGAAGCCUGGGUUGCCACCGUUCCUCCUGAGUGGGUGCCCAUCAUCCGUUGUGACAUGAUGACACAGAGGAAGAUGAAAGCCCAACCUCCGCUGUCCGACGCCUACCUGCACGGUAUGCCGGCCAAACGCCGGAAGACGGGACUGGGCAGCGGGAGUUUGGUUUCGCUGUCGGACGCUGUGAGCCAGGCGGCCAGAACAGCCGGCGUGAAGCCCAUCACGUCCAGCGAGCGUUUGCAGGAAGAGAUGGACUCACCCGAUCUGAGUGAAGCUUACUCGGAGCAGGUGAAAGCAGACAUCAAAAAGCGAGUGCGGGAUGACGCCGACUUCAGCGCUCAGCAGUUCCCUGACGCGCACAGAGCCUUCUUGUCCGACUCGUAGUACGCUUGCCGUCGUCAUCGCCGACCCGCUCGCACAACGCUUUAUGCUCUCUCUUCCUUCCUUGCAUCCUUGCUCCCUUCUUCCCUUUCCUCCUCCUUUUCACUCAGCCCAGUGGUAAUCACAGAAUGCUAAUAGUGCCUAUUUAUUAAUGCUUUGCGUGUCGUUUGCUCCCAACUGUUCUCAAUGUCCUGAUUUGAUUCGACUGAGGCCGAUUUAGGCGCUUCUAGUUUUUGUGCGUUCCUGCUCCAGUUUUUUUUUUUUUUUUGGACCCAUUUCCUAAGUUGAGCCGUCAACCUCUCAGCCAUCUUUCAAGACUCUUGUUUCCCACACCAAUGUACAGUAAAACCUUGAUUUUAACCAAAUCACACUAUUAAGAGUAAAGGCAAAAAAAACAAUGACAUUGCUUGUGUCAAAUGUGAUGCAUUCGACCACCAGGAGGCGCUGCACUAUUCCAGUUAUGCGCACGCCAGUGCUUUUGUGUCAACCUUCAUGGACGGUAUGAAAAUAGGUUUUCGUACAUGAAUGUACAGUAAUGCUUAAUAAAACCUGGGUUUGAUAAAAAUUGAAA